GAGUUUGAGAGGACAAGGACUAGCAGAGAGCCAAGUGCGACUAUUAUUAAGUGGAAGGGUAGUUGGCGCGUCCCUCGAGCCAAAACUAGUCCUCUUCUUAACUUGUUUGUCUCCGUAAACAUGUUUGAAUCUACCAUCUUCUCAGGAGUCCCUCACUAUCCAGAGUCUUAAGGACUCCCAAGUCCCAAGCUUUGACCCCUGUCUGAAAUCCCAGAAAGCUUUUCCUGGCAACUCAACCAAAACCCAUUUAAGCCCCAAUGGCUUUUUCACUGUUACCAAUCAUUUUCAUCUUCACUCUCAUCCCACUUACCGUCUCUGUUCCUUUCAUCGUUUUUCAUGGCAUUGGAGAUAAAUGCACCAAUCGAGGAGUCACUCACUUUACGGAGCUUUUAAGCAAUUGGUCUGGUUCUCAAGGAUAUUGCAUAGAAAUUGGUGAUGGAUCAUGGGAUUCUUGGACAAUGCCUUUGCUGGAACAGACGGCUGUUGCUUGUGAGAAGGUUAAAAAUAUGAGUGAAUUAAGUGAUGGUUACAACAUAGUUGGACUUUCUCAGGGUAACAUGGUUGGUAGAGGAGUAAUUGAAUUUUGUGACGGUGGACCUCCUGUCCGAAAUUUUAUAUCACUAGCAGGUCCGCAUGCUGGUACCGCUUCUAUUCCAUUUUGUGGGUCUGAGUGGAUUUGUGUUCUUCUGGACAACUUAAUCAAGUCAGAGAUCUACAGCAGCUAUAUCCAGGAACAUUUGGCUCCAAGUGGUUAUCUGAAAAUCCCCACUGAUAUUGCUGCUUAUCUAAAAGGGUGUACAUUUCUUCCAAAGCUGAACAAUGAAAUCAAUAGUACAAGAAAUUCUACAUAUAAGGAACGAUUUACAAGCUUAGAGAAUUUGGUGCUUAUUAUGUUUGAGCAAGACACUAUACUGAUACCCAAGGAGACCUCCUGGUUCGGAUAUUUCCCAGACGGGGCCUUUGAUCCUAUAUUGCCUGCGCAAGAGACCGAGCUGUACACUGAGGAUUGGAUUGGUUUGAAAACCUUGGACGAAGCUGGCAAAGUCAAGUUCAUAAACGUGUCAGGUAAUCAUCUGGCCAUCACGAAAAGUGACAUGAGAAAGUACGUUGUGCCAUACUUGGAAGAUGGAACAUCAAUGCAAACGAUGAUAGCAGAGUCUUCAUCACAAAAUUUACUUUCAUCAGCCUGGAACUUCCUCUUGGAGUUUGCUGGGCUCAAGGAAGAUCGACCAUUGGUGCUGACCGUGGUUUAGUGUUGAGAGUAAUUACAAGUUUUUCACAAUAUAAAGGUGGUGACUGGUGAGUGAUGGAUAACACGACUACACGCUACUGUCUUUAAAAAUGUUGUAGAGUUCAAUAGGACUUUGUCAUUUCUGUAUAUAUGCAUCACCGAGAAUUGAGAGCACGAACACUUGGCUUAUUGGCUCAACUAUUUUGAAAUUUCUUUGAACAAUGAAAACUUAUGGUGAAAUAAAUUAUCAUCCUUUCUUAAUACC